GAGUUUUGGUUUUGAACCCUGCAUUGGUCUCUUACCUGAUAUGAGGACAUGGGCUGUUGGUGUCAGACCCCUCCCAUAACGUGGAUUGAGCUAAGCCUUCUGGAGAGUGAAAAAGAAAACUGAAGAAAGAAAGCAUCUGGGUGACCCAACAGCAGGCGAUGGGUGAAGACGCCCAGUCACAGGAGAUGGCAUCCACGAGCUCCCUGAGGGCCACUGAGCCCAGCCCUGAGGUCAGGCAGAAUGGGGACUCAGAGGGGAGGGAAGGGAGACCCCAGAAUAUGCCUGUAGAACAUCACUUUGCGUGUAAAGAGUGUGGGGAUGCCUUUCGGCUUAAGGUUCUCCUCGUGCAGCACCAGAGAAUUCACAGUGAGGAGAAGGGCUGGGAGUGUGGCGAUUGCGGGAAGGUCUUCAAGGGGGUCUCUGAAUUCAACGAGCACCGGAAGACCCACGUGGCAGCGGAGCCCCGGCCCGGCCCCAGCCGCACCCUUGACGAUGCGGUGGAGAAGAGGGAGCAAAUGGAGAGGGAGGCGAAGCCCUUUGAGUGUGAAGAAUGUGGGAAAAGGUUUAAGAAGAAUGCCGGCCUCAGUCAGCAUCUGCGCGUCCACAGCAGGGAGAAGCCCUAUGACUGUGAGGAAUGUGGGCGGUCCUUCAAAGUGAACACCCACCUCUUCCGACAUCAGAAGCUUCACACGUCGGAAAAGCCCUUUGCCUGCAAAACGUGUAGCAGGGAUUUCCUGGAUCGCCAGGAACUUCUCAAGCACCAGCGAAUGCACACUGGCCACCUGCCCUUUGACUGUGAUGACUGCGGCAAGUCCUUCCGAGGGGUCAACGGCCUGGCCGAGCACCAGCGCAUCCACAGCGGGGCCAAGCCCUACGGGUGUCCCCACUGCGGCAAGCUCUUCCGGAGGAGCUCGGAGCUCACCAAGCACCGGCGGAUCCACACGGGCGAGAAGCCAUACGAGUGCGGCCAGUGCGGGAAGGCCUUCCGACAGAGCUCCAGCCUCCUGGAGCACCAGCGCAUCCACACAGGGGAGCGGCCCUAUGCGUGCGGCGACUGCGGCAAGGCCUUCCGGGGGCCCUCCGACCUGAUCAAACACCGGCGGAUCCACAGCGGACUGAAGCCCUACGAGUGCGACAAGUGCGGAAAGGCCUUCCGGAGGAGCUCCGGCCUGAGUCGCCAUCGGAGGACCCACAGCGGAGCAAGGCGCUGCGAGUGCAGCGAGUGCGGCCGCGUGUUCAAGAGGCGCUCGGCGCUGCAGAAGCACCAGCCAACCCACCGCGAGUAGAGGAGGCCGGGUGCCCCACGGCCCGCAGCGGGGUCCUGCCGGGGCUUCGGCCCCCGGGUGUGGAGGGCAGAGUCAAAGGAGAUGAACAGUUUUGUAGCGCUUCUAUAUUUGAUCGUCAGAAAGGUUGAAACCAAUUUCUACUGCCACCAGCAAUUUAUAGGUGUACGUGUUUCCCAUUUUGCCUAUGGACAGUAGCUUCUACCAUUUUGAUUUCUUUGGGCUGGUUCAGCUGGCAUCAAGUACCUUUAAGGUAUUUAAAUCCACAGGCCUUGAAUCUGAGAAUGAGAAAAGAGAAACCUGGAUGUGGGGGUGGAGACAGGGCUCGUUGUUCCCCCCCACCCCAAGCUCCCUGCUCAGGGAAACUGAGAUGUAGAGCUAUUCUGUGAUGGCCUUGAUGUAAUGUGAUCCCAACUUUCCCGAAGACAAGAUCACCCCAAGGUUUUUUGGCCUACUUGAAUUUAUAAAUUUUAGGGUUGUAAAUAGAAUAAUCAGAUGUCUUAUACUACUUAAUUUAUUAAUUUAGUUAUACAUACAUAUUGUAAAUCACAUAUUAUAUAGAAUAAUAUAUUAAUUUAGAAAAUGUUCCUCUUUGCCCCAGCUCCACGCCCUGAGAUCAUUUUAUUCUAAUUCCUCUCAUGUACUUCUAACCCCACCAUUUUCUCCAACCUCAAAGCCCGUUCAGUCAUCAGACAGUCGCAAAGCUUCCAUCCAUCCAAGCUGUGUGCCACAUAGUGCUGUGACAAUCCGUGCACAAGGCUCUCACUAGAAAUUGCCUCCCAAGCCAUAAGUGCACGUCCACAAAACAUUAGUGUGAUUGGUGGUGUUUUUCAGUUCGUCCUAGAGCUCUACAACACAAGCACUUAAAGCUGUUCUGUUUUUAAAGUGACCUUUAAAAGACUUUUUUAAAGCAUCAAAAACUUGUCACGGUGAAGUCAUACUCUUCAGAUUAAGUACUGAAUCUGAGUUAAAUUUCUUUUGUGUCCUUUUGUCUUAAACCAAUUCAGUCUGGUGACUCCCAUGCAGAUCCAAAACUAGCAUCGACUGGGGUUGGUUUCAGGCUAAGGGGUCUGGUCCUCAAGCAGCACCAUUUUGUUCAAGAUAAAGUAGUGGAGAGAACAUCCCCAUGAUAACAGGGACUCUCAAGGACUCAAGUGUAAGGGGACCGUAACCUCUCCUCCUCUGUAAAACAGGGGCAAUCAUAGGACUACCUCCUAAGGUUAUUGUGAGGACUGCAAUGCCACGCCUGGCACGGAGGUACACACUCAGUGAAGGUCCUUUGCCGUCAUCAUUGUAGUUACUGCUGUCGUUCUGUGACUCAGUACCAGAACGUGGGAUGGACCCAGGCCUCCUGACUUCUAGUCUCAUCUUUCUCUCCCGCGAGGACUUAAAAUACUGUUUCCGUUUUCUUGCAUGCAAAUCAUACAUUCAUCUCCUUUGACCAGUUAUCAAGUUACCUUUGGAUAUAUUGACUUUAUACAGCAGUUCUUUCUAUAUCAAUCACGGUGAUCUCUUUUCCAGUUUGAUUGCUUUGCUCUUUGUAGCAGUUUUAUUACAUGUUUGUUCUGCAAGCUUUUGAUUUUUACAUAUCCAAGCAUUCGUUGUUGUCAGUUAAGUCGUAACUUCCAUUGCUUCAGUAGUUAGAGAUGAUGCUAUUUUCUUCUAGAAUUUUAAUUAUAAAUGAAAAGUCGAAAGCCCUGCCCCACCGGAAGGUGGAUGCGCCAGGUGGGCAGGCUGGAUGGAAAUGGGCCAGAGAAGCAGGCUCACUCCUCAUCCAAUAUGCAGACUCUGCAUGUCUGUGGGCAGUACUUGACUAUCUAACCUGGCCACUCAGGCACUCAAGAAGAAUUUCCAUCUCGGACUGGCCAGAACACUCUGACUGUUCCUCAGUAGAGCCCUAGCCAUCACCAGCGGGGCUGGGCCUCACCUAGAUCUAUGGGGGGUGAGGGUCCAAGCUUGGUCCUGGUAGCAGCUGGCCGACUUUCCAGCUCCUGGGAGCCUUGGCUAUGCUCGGCGUGGAUUCAGUGCCUGAGCAGCAGAUCCAGCCAAGAGACAUCUCGGACAUGGGAAGACUCACCCAACUGAUGCUGUCACAUGGAUGGCACCUCCUCCUAGCAAGUGACUCUGGAAUUAGAAAAGUCGGUUUGGCGCCUUCCACUUUUGGCAACUAGGGGGAACUCACCCAUGUGUUCUGACAUCACCUCCUGCAGCCACACCAGGCCUGGGCUGUGACUUGCCACAGCCAUGCCCAGGAAGGCCAUAAAACAAGGGUUUGGAGGGCAAUGAUGCCCUUCUGACGACAGCCCAUGUGGCAUCAAACUAGAAGUUACUCAUCCUGGAGCUGGGCUGGUACAUGCAGCAGGACAGCAGCAUGGGCUAGCCAGGAACCUGGCCCCUCUGGUGGCCUGCAGAGGAUGCAGGUAGAAGCCGGCCACACUGGGGCUAUGGCGUGACUUCCCAGCAAGUGUGCCCAAGCUAGAAGGUGCACCAGAGGGCCUGCCAAGGAUGGGCCCCCCAAGGCUGGGAAGCAGGGUCCCACGGUGACCCUUGUGACCUGAGCCAGAAAGUAUUCUGGAAUGGUUCCCAGGCCACAUCAGGGGCUCUCUGCGAUGUCUCCAUCCUGCCCCCCGGGCUGGAGAGAAGCCGAUAGCACUUGUUACCUAAUGAUUCUUUUCGCUCUGGGGGCUUCAGUUCUUGCAGUAGUUGUGAAUCUGUGUCCAAAAUCACUACUUCCUUCUCUCAUGAGUUUUCUCUUCAAGUUGUUAUGAUGAAUGUGCUACAACUGUCAUUUGGUAAGGAAUGUUGACAUCCAUCGGGGGGGGCAAGUCUGGCACCUUGAUCUGGAAGUACUCUGCUAAUUCUGGCCUGGGUUUUAUGAAGGAUCCAGAUGCAGUAUUAUCUCGGAACUUAGCGGCAUCAUCAUCACUGCUCCAUUUGUACCCAGCCAGGACACAGCAUCUCUCCUUUCCUUUUCUCCAUUCUCAGUUCUGGGAUUUCCUCUCGAACAAACCAUCCUCUAGCAUGAACACGUCUUUUCUGUCACUGUGUUUGCAGGUGAAGUCUGUGCGCUCUCCAAACGCAAGCAGUCUGUGGCUUUAACGUGUGUCCUGUAGUUGCGCCGAGUUCAGUUUUCGUCUCUGGUCACUUGCAGGUGGAUUUCCUUGGAUUCUUUAGGUGUACUGCUGCGUCAGAUGCAAAAUGUGAUCAAACUUCCUGUCGUGUGUGCUUGUCUGUGUAUUCAUGUAUCUACCUCGUUUCAUUUUUCUUUCUGAUUACAUUUAUUCCUUUUGCAAGGCAAACAGAGCAGGUGGGUGACAGAAUGCCAGCUCUCAUUAGAAAUAUGUCCUUUUCUUCUAUUCUGAGAGAAACCCUUCAUUGCUUUUAUUAAAGCUUUCAAUCCUUGCUGAAAUUUCCAAAAGAAAGUGACGGUUUACCACUUCUGCUGCUUAGUAAGAUGGACCGUGCUGAUUAGUUGGGUCAGACUCACUCUUGCAUUUCCAGAACCAGCCCCAGCCACUGGCAGUGGCAUCUUUCUCGCAUGGCAUUGUGUCCCACGUGCCCGAGGCUUUGGCCCAGUCGUGUGCCAUCUGACCCCUACCCCGCACAGGCCACGUUAAUUCAACCAGAACUGAGCACCUGACUCAUGGGCAGCAACCACUCGACAGAGCUGGAGACGAUUGGGCCAGGCCUUCCGGGUUCUCCGUCUGUGAAGGGCAAAGAAGGAAACAGAGAGACAUUUAUAGUUGGUGCUGGAAGAAAGAGGGAGCCACCUGGGGUUUAGAGGAGCUGCCCCCAUAGGCAGCACUGGCUUGAGGGCCUCCUGGCCCUAUCAUGUUCUGGGAUUUCUGGCGAUUGCCCUCCUUGGUCCACUUGUGUCCCCAGCAUAGACUCCCUUGACUUGAACCAGCUUUAGGGGUCUGCAUCUUGCCAUUUGGCUGCUUUUUGAGAAGAGUCACAUGGCUGGCUUUCCUCAUGGUCUGUGUGGCCCUCGUGCCUGGCCCAAGUCCCACCUGACUGCCAUAAACACCUGUUUUAAAUGUGGUACUGUAUUCGGUUCACUAACAUGGGUACACAUCUAUGCCUUCUAGUCUCCGUGAGUUUGACCAGUGCUUAUCUGUCUGGGCAUCAUUCCCAGACUGACCCUGUGUUUGCCCCCGGAAAUGUGUUAAGUCACCACCCACCUUGUUCCUGACUUUGGAAGUAUCCCCCUACUUUUGGCAAAUCUGUCAGAUGGGGGAAUUGAUAACUCCUGUAUGACUAGUAUACUCACAUUAGUUCUUAUUGCAUCUGUUUGGGUGUUUCUCUUCAAAAGUGUAAAGAGUCUCUUUAAACAUGGCCUUCGACAUGACUUGCAUAUCUGAGAACAACUGUGUCCUACCCCAGUUCGUAUUUUGGUUGUUGGCGCUCUUUUCUUGUUCCUCCCCGAUCUCCUUAACUUGUCUGUUUUAUGGCACUUACUAUAAUCAGCCUUGCACUAGAGCUUCGCUCUCCCCGGCCUCCCCAACCUGGUAGAUUGUGAGCUCUUAGAAGACAGAGGUGGCCCUUCACGUCUGAUUCCCCUACCAGAUCUAGCACAGUGCCUUGCAUCAAGUAGAUUUCAAUAAAUAUAUGUGAAAUGGCA